UCUGCUCUCCAUUCUGCAGCGAGAAGCACCGGUGAACUUGACGGCGCAGGUACAUUUGGGUUGGGACUGAAAAAAGUGAGAGGAGCAAAACGCAAUUGUCUUGCAAUCAAGAAGGACUACGAGCGUUUCAGGUGUGCUUCCGAUGAUCUCUCCAUCAAACAGGUGAACCAUGCAGUCCUUGCUUCUCCUGAUUAUUUGUAUCUGCAUCUCCUCAGCCACAGAGUCUUUUGAUGAAUACUUUUACACUGAGCCUGAAAGCACACUGAGUGUCAGCAUACCCAUUGAGGCAUCUCUAGAGCCUCUCAUGGGUGACACAAUAGUUCUACCCUGUUACUUCCAGGACAACACUGUCAAUGACCCCGGUGCCACCAACAUUGAUCCUUUGUCUCACCGGAUAAAGUGGAGUCUGGUCACCAAAGAUAAGACCACAAACAUUUUAGUGGCAUCUGAAGGCAUAGUAAACGUGGACAAAAGGUAUCUGGACAGGGUCUCCAUGGUGGGAUACCCCUUGACACCCACAGACGCCACCAUUAAGAUCACAGAGCUCCAUUCCAACGACUCAGGAGUGUACCGCUGUGAGGUCAUGCAGGGGAUAGAAAAUAAUCAUGAUUUGGUUUAUGUUCAAGUUCAAGGUAUUGUUUUCCACUAUCGUGCAAUCACCACACGAUACACCCUCACUUUUGAGAAGGCCAAGGCAGCCUGUAUUCAAAACAGUGCAGUCAUUGCCACUCCAGAUCAACUCCAGGCAGCUUUUGAUGAGGGCUACCACCAGUGUGAUGCAGGAUGGCUUGCAGAUCAGUCAGUCAGGUACCCUAUUCAUGAUCCUCGUGAGGCUUGCUAUGGCAACAAGUAUGAAUUUCCAGGAGUGAGGACAUAUGGAGUGAGAGAUGUGAAUGAGACUUAUGAUGUCUACUGCUUUGCUGAGAAAAUGAAAGGAAAAGUAUUACAUAAAACGUCCCCUAUCAAAUUCACUUUUAAGGAGGCAGAAGCUGAAUGUAUAAAGUAUGGUGCCCAGUUGGCUACCACAGGACAGCUGUACGUAGCCUGGAAGGGUGGCAUGGAUGUUUGUAACGCAGGCUGGUUGGCAGACAGGAGCGUCCGCUACCCCAUCAACACUGCCCGACCACAGUGUGGAGGAGGGCUGCUGGGAGUGCGUACUGUCUAUCUGUUUCCCAAUCAGACCGGCUACCCCCACCCAGACUCCCGCUACAAUGCUUUUUGCUACUCUGAAAAGGAUGAGGAGGGUUCAGGCUUGCUUGACAUGCAAACGACUACAGAGGCAGGCGGUGGUGUACUGAGCAUUGGCACAUUCACAGACAGCCCCCAGAUCUUUUUAAGGCCCACCACCACUUUGAGCGAACUACAGGGGAAAGUUGUAACACAUAAGCCUUCAAUGACCACAAGUGUUAACUUGUCAUACACUGAGCUAAAUGUUACCCAGCUGCCCCAUUUGCUACCUCCAAGUUCCAUUGAGGUGAACACUGACGUUGUGGAAGUGGUCACUAACAGGAACGGGUCAGAGAUUUCCCGUAUGAAUGGAACUGAAGCUAUCAUGUCUGCUGCAGGUGUAGUGUUCCAUUACCGUUCAAGCUCCAGUCGCUAUGCCUUUAACUUUGUGGAUGCUCAGCUUGCAUGCCAGAGCAUCGGUGCAGUAAUAGCCAGCCCUCAGCAGCUCCAGACAGCCUAUGAGGCAGGUUACCAUCAGUGUGAUGCUGGCUGGCUCUUAGAUCAGACAGUCAGGUAUCCCGUUGUGUCUCCACGUGAGAAAUGCUCUGGUGAUUUGGAGCACGUUCCUGGUGUGAGGUCUUAUGGAAUGCGUCCUGCCGAUGAACAAUAUGAUGUAUACUGCUAUGUAGACAAACUAAGGGGGGAAGUUUUCCAUGCAAGUUCAUUCGAGGGAUUCACUUACGAUGAAGCAGUGGAUUACUGCCAAGGCCAGAAUGCCUCCCUGGCCUCCACUGGAGACCUGUAUGCAGCCUGGAAGCAGGGCUUUGAUAAGUGCCGUGCUGGCUGGCUUCUUGACCGCAGUGUACGUUACUCCAUCAAUAACCCCCGACAGCAGUGUGGUCGAGGGAAGGCUGGAGUUCACACAGUUUACAUGUUCCCAAACCAGACGGGCUCUCCUGACCUGCACUCCAAAUUGGAUGCUUAUUGCUUCAAGGCGCAUCUGGAUAUGUCUCUGAAUGAAAGUGAACCGAACAUAACAGUAACAGAAGAACAGAUAGUGAACAUCACAACCUUCCCUAGUCUGCUCAGACCUGGUUCUGGCUCAUCCAGGAUCAAUGGCACAGACGAUCUAUUGGGCAGUGGGAGCGGGGAUCAGCCUAGUGGAUUAUCUGGUUCCAAUGGAUACCUGUCAGGAUCUGGGUCUAGUGGAUACCUGUCAGGAUCUGGUUCCAGUGGAUACCUGUCAGGAUCUGGUUCCAGUGGAUACCUGUCAGGAUCUGGGUCCAGUGGAUACCUGUCAGGAUCUGGUUCCAGUGGAUACCUGUCAGGAUCUGGGUCCAGUGGUGAUAUUUCAGGGUCAGGUAUAAGCGGUGAUGGCUCAGAUAUCCUUGUGACAUUCUCAGGAAGUGACAUAGUUGUGUCAGGAGAUGGAUUUGUUUCAGGGAGACCCGAGGAGGCAGGUGAAGGAAGCACAGAGAUCCUCACCUUCCCCUCAGGCCUCUUUGGCAUGGACUUUUCUGGCUCAGGAUCAGGCAGUGGGUCGGGGUAUAGCUCUGAGGAGAGUGGAUCUACCUCAGAUGUUUCCAGCAGCUCAGGAGAGAGCUGUGAGAGUGGAGGACUUUCCAGCAUCUCCUCAGGAACAAGUUCCAGUGAGGAGUCCUCAGAUUUCAAUGGUUUCUCAUCAGGAGUUUUUCCCUUUGGAGGCUUUAGUGGAAUUUCAUUAGUUGAUGGCAGUGAUGUCAUCAUGGUGGAUACCCAGUGGGAGAAGGUGUCUAUUGUUCCAUCUUUAACAGAACAGGAGCUGGGUAGAAGCCAUGUGGACUUCAGCGGAUCAGGGCAGAUCUCAGUGUCUGGGGUGAGUGGCGGCUUCUCUGCAAUGAGCGGUGACCACAGUGGUUCUGGAAGCGGUUCAGCAUUCUCUGGACUGACAUUUUUGGGGCCAGGAUUCAUUGAUCUUUUAAAACAAUCCCGUGAACAGGAAGCUUCUGGGGUUUUGUCUUUUGGGUCUGGUGAGGGGAGUGGAUUUACAUCCGGAGGCGAUGCCAUCGAAUCAGGAAAAAGAUCAGAGGCAUCAGCUAGUGGCGAUAUCACUCUCUUCACUAGUGGUGCCAUGAUGGAAAUGUCCAACAAGCCUUUCCAAGGCAUGGAGCUGGGACAGGGAGAUGUGGAGUAUAGUCGCACUGUCAGACUGUCCUCAGAGAGUGGGGAUGACAAAACUGUCUAUUCUAGUGGAAAAGAAUCUGCCAAAUGCAGAAAUGUAAAAGUCUGCACAAUGCGUAAGUCAAAAUGCACAUGUACAGCCAAAUGCAUAAAUGUAAAUGUAAAAGAAUAUAAGUGGACCCCAACCACUGGUAACACACCAAAGGUGAAUUCCAGUGAUGCUGCAUCAGCACUUCUAUCAGCUGAAGGGCCAUCAGGACAGUACAGUGAUGCUGCAGGACCUGUGCAUUAUUCAGAACCAAAGGGGAUCUUUAUUAAACUUGAUGCCAUUACUUCUGCACCUUUGUCUUCUACCAAAGAUCCUGCCAUCUCUUUACAGAUCCCUUCUAUCACUGAAAGCCAUGUUGUGAAUGCUUCCGUCAACCCAUGUGAUCCAAACCCCUGUGGAGCCGGAUCAUGUUCAGUGCAGGAUGGCGUGGGCCUCUGUCAUUGCCCACCCGGACUGCGUGGAGAAGAGUGCCGGUUUGAAGUUGAUGUUUGCCAUUCAAACCCUUGUGCCAAUGGAGCCACCUGUGUGGAGGUGGAAGACACUUUCAAAUGCUUAUGUCUGCCCAGCUACGAAGGAGACCUCUGUGAGAUUGAUGUGCACAGCUGUGAGGAGGGCUGGACUAAGUUUCAGGGCAACUGUUAUUUGCACUUGUCGGAGAGAGAGACUUGGAUGGACUCUGAGCAACGCUGUCGAGACUUAAACGCUCACCUGGUUAGCAUUAUCACACCAGAGGAGCAGGCAUUCAUCAACUCAUUUGCACAAGACUAUCAGUGGAUUGGACUGAAUGAUAAAACAGUGGAAAAUGACUUCCGCUGGUCAGAUGGGACCCCGUUGCAAUAUGAGAACUGGAGGCUUUACCAGCCUGACAAUUAUUUCAACUCUGGUGAAGACUGUGUUGUAAUGAUCUGGCAUUUAAAUGGCCAAUGGAAUGACGUGCCUUGCAACUACCACCUACCUUUCACAUGUAAAACAGGUCCAGUAUCAUGUGACCAACCUCCUAAAGUGGAGAAUGCCAAGAUGUAUGGAAACAAGAAAGAGCGUUACCAGGUGAAUUCAAUUAUCAGAUACCAGUGCCAUGAAAACUUCACACAGCGCCACCUACCUGUGAUCCGCUGUAUGGCAGAUGGACAGUGGGAGAAGCCACAAGUGGAAUGCAUAGCCAAGAUCAACAGCAGGCCACAGAAGAAAUCCACAGGUCAUCACUCACAUAAAGCGAAUAGCACAACAUUGGAGAAGGGUCUUUAAUGAGAUUUGAAGAGCUAUAGAAUUUUUAAUAUUUAUUUUCCAAGACCCUGAAUUAUCAAGCAUAUAUACCUGAUUAAAAAGUGUUAUUUUUAAAAUACUUUAAGUGCCCAUCUUGCAUAUAUUGCUGCCCCCUACUAGAUCACCAUAUUUUAAAUCUUAGUUAUUGAUCCUUAGCCAUGAUGCAGUGCUUCCACUCAUCUCUGCAGCAAACGAUCAGAAACCAAAAGAUAAAAGAUCACCAGUAUUAAAGAUGCCAGUAAAUAUUUGCUGAAGGCUUUGCAUUUGGACUGGCAAGUGUUUCUCGGUGAAAAGGCACCAAGUUACAAGCUGGUGGUGCUUAGUCCUUCCUCUAUGAAAAACCCCAAAAAUGAAAUAUGAGGUCAAGAAAUGUGAAGUGUUAUUAUUAUCGUCUAAAGUUUUUUGAGAGGAGUUAGAACAUUAGGAAAGUUAGAAAAUCGUACAACUAUGAAAGACUUUUACAACAAAAAAUAAAAGAGAGAAAAAUGAAUAACUUAUUUAUUUGUACCCAACCAGGCAUAGAAAACAACUUGCACAAGGAUGUCAUUCAUUUGUAAUGUCUGAGUUGGACAUCAUAAUGUGAAAUUAGAUCUAUUUAUUGAUUUCUCAUGACAUAACACACAGUACAUCCAUCUUUGACUGGGUGUGUCUUUCAUGUUUAGUCACAAAAGCCAUAUAUAUUUUAAACAACAUCAGAUCUAGAAGGCCAAAUCCAGUCAGAUUAUAAUUGUGAACCCAACCUUGGAAAUGUACUUGUAUGUUACAUAUUAUCUGUGUUGCCCAAGACUGUGCAGGGCAUAGUACUACACGGUGACCAGAAUGAUCCUUUAUCAGAUAACAGCUAUUAUGUUAUAAUAAGCUUUAUAAGAGUUCUAAGUUCAGAUAGAACUAUAGAUGACAAGUGCCUUGUAAAUAUUUUGCAUUUGUCUAUUUCUGUGUUGAGACCUCUUACUUGGCUCUUUUGUCUUCUUGAAAAGUACAAGAGGCUGUGCCUCUUUCAUCGCAAUGCCAGGAGAACUCCUGUUUUAUACACCAUAGCUCUAGUUUCAUCUGACACAGCUGAAAUGACGAAUGCAGCAUAAACUGCCGAAAAACAUGCAUAAACAUUCCCUGAAACAACUCUUCAAGCAAAUACUUUGUUGCAUGGUCUUUUUUAUUAUUUAGAAGGUGACAGUGUUCACCUUCAUGCCAUAUAUGACUAUGCCUGUAAGACCUAAAUGCUGCCAGCACUGUCUUGAGGUCAUAUUGAUUUGGAGCCUGAGUUUUGGGAUGAGUGACAAAGUCAACAUUGAAACCAUAAAGAAAAAAGAAAAAAAAAACCUGAAGAUGUGUUGUCCUCUGUGAAAUAAAUUUUUAAUUUAGCCAAACAUGUCAUGCCAAACUUUGUGUAUGGAAAUUUGUAUUACAUCAAAUGCAACAACAUUAUAACACAGGACUGAUUUGUGUGUUGGCCAGUAGUCACAUAGACCAAGAGUCAAGGGCAAAGUUUGUCAGAGCAGUACAGAGCACUUGUAUUAAGAGUGGUUAUUCACAGUGUACAGGUAAUGGGGGAAAAAAUAUGUUUUAACCUCACCCAGCCCAGCCUAGAAAUGUAUUUUGUACUGGGUAAAUAAUAUUCCUUUGCAAAUUUACAGACGAUAAUGUUUGCUUAAUUGGGUGGAGUGGAAGGAAUGACUGGCCCUGUGACUGAAUGGAUCCUUUUAAGCCACUUCUGAUGCCCUUACCUAUUUCUCCGCUUUUGCCUAGAGAGCCUUGUUGUAUAGCCAUGCAGCUCAUACCUAGAGCCCUCUUCUGGUUGAUUUAAACAUGGCAUCUAUGUUGUGUUACUGUAACUACUGUACAAAUACCAGAACCUUAAAUUACAUAUGGGUAUACAACAGAUUCAACAAGGGUAAAAAAAAAACAAAAACAAUUACACUCUCUGAUUGUGACACUAAUACACCAUUCUGAUCAGUUAUUUGCUCACAAUGGCAAACGUCUAAAUAUAAAUGUAAACAUUUCUAGUGUGUCAUAAUACAUGUAUUCUAUUACGUUAAAAAUAUGUACUAUGUACCGUAAUUACUUC